AUGCUGUCCCGGGUGGUGUUUUCUGCAGCCGCCGCCGCGGCGCCCUCGCUGAAGAACGCCGCCCUGCUCGGCCCAGGGGCAUUGCAGGCAACAAGGAUCUUUCACACUGGGCAGCCAAGUCUUGCCCCACUACCACCUCUUCCUGAACAUGGAGGAAAAGUUCGUCUUGGGCUGAUCCCUGAGGAAUUCUUCCAGUUUCUUUACCCUAAAACCGGAGUAACAGGACCCUAUGUGCUCGGAACUGGGCUUAUCUUAUACUUUCUAUCCAAAGAAAUCUAUGUGGUUACUCCAGACACCAUCUCUGCUGUAUCAACAAUAGGGUUGCUUGUCUAUAUCAUUAAAAAAUAUGGUGCCUCUAUUGGGGAAUUUGCUGAUAAACUCAAUGAGCAAGAAAUUGCCCAACUAGAAGAAGCGAAACAGGCUACCAUCAAAGGCAUCCAGGAUGCGAUUGAUCUGGAGAAGUCCCAGCAGGCACUGGUUCAAAAGCGCCAUUACCUUUUUGACGUCCAGAGGAAUAACAUUGCUAUGGCCUUGGAGGUCACUUACCGGGAACGGCUGCAUAGAGUGUACAAGGAGGUCAAGAGUCGCAUGGACUAUCACAUCUCUGUGCAGAACAUGAUGCGUCGGAAGGAACAAGAGCACAUGGUGCAGUGGGUGGAGAAGCAUGUGAUGCAGAGCAUCUCUGCACAGCAGGAAAAGGAGACAAUUGCCAAGUGCAUUUCAGAUCUAAAGCUGCUUGCAAAGAAAGCUCAAGCAGAGCCGGUUAUGUAA